AUGAUGGCUACAAGAAGGAGUAUUAGCACCGCAUCUCGGGACUACAAUGAAGCUCUCAACCUACUAUCUACACUCUAUUCGAAUCGUCAGAUUACCAAUUUAUUCGACAAGCCCACAUCGCAAAAUGCCUCACUCGAACAAGCCAAAGACCUGAAUGCGCUGGCGCUUCCUGAGAUGCGCGAAUGGCUUCGGCGCGCUGGCUAUGAACCAAAGGAUCUCGCUCGCCUGAGGCACAUUCAUAUAGCAGGCACAAAGGGCAAAGGUUCUGUGAGUGCAUUUGCAACGGGUAUGCUGCGACAAUACGAAACUGUCGGCACAUACACGAGUCCACAUCUCGUGAGUCCCCGCGAGCGUAUCGCUAUCCAGGGCGAGCAGGUCUCUCAAGCCCUUUUCGCGGAGGCCUUCUUUGAACUCUGGGAGCGACUGUCCCACGCGGCCAAGAAGGAGGGUCAAAGUAUCACUGACUCAAAUGGGCCUAAUUCCAAACCCUUCUUCUUCCGUUUCAUGACGCUUCUCGCUUGGCAUAUCUUCCUACGGGAAAAGGUCGACAGCGUUGUUCUCGAAUGCGGCAUUGGAGGCGAAUAUGACGCUACGAAUGUGGUGCCCACAGAGGCUGUCUCUGCAGCUGUUAUCUCGCAGUUGGGUAUAGAUCAUGUUACAAUGCUGGGUGAUACGGUUGAGAAGAUCUCAUGGCACAAGGCAGGCAUUCUUAAGCCAGGCGUGCGUGGUUUCGUCCGCCGAAUGGAUGAGAAGCCCAGUGUGAGGGAGAUUCUUCAACAACGAGCGGCAGAGAAGGGCGCGGAACUCAUCGAGCUUGAUGAUGCGAGCGUUGAGCAAUGGGGAGGUGUGGUCGGAAGACUACCGGGUGAUUUCCAGAAGUACAACCAAGCUCUCGCUGUCCUUGCUGUGCGUCAGCAUCUGGGCAUGGAUGUCGAGCCAGCGACAGCUUUGCUGAACCUCCCCGACAAAAUGAUUACUGGGCUCAAAGAGGCAAGUCUCAGGGGACGUUGUGAGAUAAUUCAACAGGGCCAUAUAGAGUGGCAUCUUGACGGUGCGCACACUAAAGACAGCAUGCACGAGGUUGCAAAAUGGUUCGCUGCCAGUAUUGGUAAAAACGAAUCAGCAAUGCUAGUGUUCAACCAACAGGAGCGGGAUGCAGCGCAGCUUUUAGCGGGUUUGCUCGACACUAUUCAAGAAGUUACAGGGCGGGAGAAUGUUUUUAGCCAUGCAUUCUUUACAAGAAACGAUCAGGAGAAAUCAUCUAGUGGCGAAGCUGGAGACUUGACAGUGCAGACAAGAGUGGCAGAGUCGAUGGGUCAGAGGGUAGCCGGGUGUCAAAUCAAGACGUUUGACAAUACUCAAGAUACAGUUGCUGAAGCAAAAAAAGUCGCAGGGUCGAAUCAAAAGGUUUUGGUAACAGGGAGCAUGCAUCUUGUAGGGGGUAUAUUGCGAGUAUUGGAGCCCGAGGGUCUAUUGUAG